AUCUUAACAUCUGUUACUGCCUCUUGCACAUUUCACCACCGCACAGGUCUGAAGGAGACUUUGCAAGUCCCUUCAGACAAAAAAACAAACAAACCAAAAACCUUUGAAACAGAGAAGAAAUUAGCCUUUCCUUCAGUGGGAUGAAGCAUGUAAGGCAUUUCGCCCCAUCUUUAUUUCUCAAUUUGGUGCAUGUUUGCCUGGCUCAGGCAAAUUAUGCCCCCUACUUCUUUGAUAAUGGAGCCAGCAGUACUAAUGGGAACAUGGCACUUCUCAGCCUUUCAGAAGACACACCUGUUGGUACACAUGUGUACACUCUGAAUGGAACUGACCCAGAAGGAGAUCCUGUGACCUACGGAAUGACCUAUGAAACUGGGUCAAGAAGUUACUUUGCCAUUGAUGCAAAUUUUGGAAAUGUCACCUUGAUUGAGGAGCUUGAUAGAGAGAAAGAAGAUGAGAUUGAAGUUAUAGUCAGUAUUUCAGAUGGCCUGAGUACAGUUGCUGAAAAAGUCCGAAUCCUUGUUACAGAUGCUAAUGAUGAGAGUCCAGAAUUUAUCAACACACCUUACAUAGUCCAAGUCCCAGAGAACACUCCCUCGGGGAGCAGUAUCUUUAAGAUCGAGGCAGUGGACAAAGACACGGGUUCCGGGGGAAGUAUCACCUACUUCUUGCAGAACAUCCGUACUAAUAAGUUUACCAUAGACCGACACAGUGGUGUUCUUCGCAUCAAAACAGGGAUCACUCUAGACUAUGAAAAAUCAAGAACUCAUUUUGUCACCGUGGUAGCAAAGGACGGUGGUGGGAAGCUCAGGGGAGACAACAAGGUGUUUUCAGCCACAACCACAGUCACUAUCAAUGUGGAGGAUGUUCAGGACACCCCUCCCAUGUUCAUUGGGACUCCCUACUAUGGCUAUGUCUAUGAGGACACCCUGGCGGACUCUGAGGUACUAACAGUUGUUGCUCUUGACGGUGACCGAGGAAAGCCUAAUAAUAUUCAUUACUGUCUUGUGAAUGGAAGUGAAGGAUCUUUUGAAAUAAAUAAUACGACUGGAGCUAUUUCUGUUAUAAAAAACCCAAGUAGACUAAAGAAAGAAGUGUAUGAACUAAAAAUUCAGGCAUCAGAAAUAAGUCUAGAUGGUGAUGUGACAGCAUAUGCUUUUGCCACCGUGACUAUAAGGGUCGUCGACCUCAAUAACCACCCACCAACUUUCUAUGGAGAAAAUGGGCCCCAGAAUCGGUUUGAAUUGACAAUGUAUGAGCACCCACCCGAGGGUGAAAUCCUGAGGGGCCUGAAAAUUACUGUCAACGAUUCAGAUCAGGGGGCCAAUGCUAAAUUCAACCUCCGGCUAGUUGGACCCGGUGGCAUUUUCCGAGUUGUUCCCCAAACGGUGCUGAAUGAGGCUCAGGUUACCAUAAUAGUGGAGAACUCUGCUGCCAUAGAUUAUGAGAAGUUCCAGUUGUUAACCUUUAAGCUUCUUGCCAUAGAGGUGAACACUCCUGAGAAAUUUAGCUCAACGGCGGAUAUAGUGAUACGUCUCUUGGACACCAAUGACAACGUCCCAAAGUUCUCAUCUGACUAUUACAUUGCCAGGAUUCCAGAGAAUUCCCCAGGGGGGUCCAACGUAGUGGCUGUUACAGCUACAGACCCAGAUUCGGGACUCUGGGGAGAAGUCAAAUACUCCAUAUAUGGAACAGGAGCUGAUCUAUUUCUAAUCCAUCCAUCAACAGGAAUUAUUUAUACCCAGCCAUGGGCCACAUUAGAUGCUGAAGUCACUGCAAAGUACAACUUCUAUGUGAAGGCAGAAGACACAGACGGGAAGUAUAGCUUGGCUGAGGUGUUUAUCACUGUGCUAGAUGUUAAUGACCAUUCUCCGGAGUUCAAUGAGAACAUCCAGGAAAAGACCAUGAUCAUUGGAUCACCAGUGAAAAUAGAGGCUAUAGAUCAAGAUGCAGAAGAACCCAACAACAUUGUAGACUAUUCUAUUAUGCAAGCAGAUCCAGCCAAUGUAUUUGAUAUAGAUCAAAGCACUGGGGAAAUAAAGCUGAAGUCCUAUAUCAGGUCCCUGGAUAUCAUUCACAACAUCACCAAGAACAAAGACUGCAUAUGGUCUGUGGUAGUUCAAGCCAAGGACCGGGGUUCCCCUUCAUUUAGCACGACGGCAGUACUGAAGAUUGAUAUUACAGAAGAGACUCUUCACAAAGGGCCAAUGGCCGCCUUUUUGAUGCAAACUAAAGAUAACCCCAUGAAAGCCUUAGGAGUGCUAGCUGGUGUCAUGGGCGUAAUGGUGGUGAUCACAAUCAUGAUCUCUACUGCCAUGUUCUGGCGCAAUAAGAGAUCCAACAAAAUCAUGCCGGUGAGACGGAUCAUAAAAAAGAGACAGAUCCAUCAACCCAGGACGGUCAGGAUGGAGUGGCUGAAAUUCAAGUGGUCCAGCAAUCCUGCCGAGAAGUUUGCCAUUGAGGAUGACACACAGAGUCUGCAGAAUGAGAACAGCAACAAUAAUGUCCAGGUGCCCACUCUGCCACCUACUGCCCCAGCCCUGCCCCCUCCCCCAGUUUUAGUGCCCAAGAUAAAUACCACUGAGUGGAGAGUGACCACAGUGUCAGGCUCCCUAAGCCCCAAGUUUAUAAACAAGCCGGGGAAGAAAAAGGGCCCCAGCAGCACUCACCAUGCCCUGGUGUCAGAGCUCAAACAGAAGUUUGAAAAGAGGAACAUAACCAGCAACAACCCCCAUAUUUAGUGCAUCUGCAGCAGCCAGUCAUGGAGAUCACAUAGCCAUGCAGUGUAUGGCGAGAGGUGCAUGGUGUUAUUGAUCUUUUCCAUUUGUUUCAAUACAAAAUGAACUAAAAGCAGUUCCCCACUGCUACAAUCACCUGUUACUUUGCACAAGUAUUACAUGCUAAUAUAUUUUGCAAUGGAAUUAGUUCACAUAUAAUAUCGGUGUCAGUUGCUAGAAUUUUAUUCAGAUCAUUUCUAAAAACUAGUUUCCUCCCUGCACUGUAUGACCAAGGUGCUAAUUGUCCUGAUGUAGGCGAUAAUUUUCAGGAGGGGCCAGUGAUUUGGGGGGUGUCCAACUUGAGACUCUUUUUCAAGAGACAUGAUUGUCAGAGGAGCUGUGCACCCCCAACUCCAGUUGAUGUCAAUCCUUAUCAGGGCUGGAAGAUAGCCACCAUGGUGCCUAAAACUGGGCAUUUAAAAUCACACCACACUUGAAAAUGUUGACCUUCUUGUAGAAACAGCAACAUUUUAGCAUAGGAGGUUAUUUUUUUUUAAUUUAGGCAAGCUGUUAUUCUCUGAGUAAAUAACUUAUAAAUGGAUACUUACACUCUUAGGUGUACGCCACAUUUUGCAACAGCUUGUGAAGCGAUGUGCUUAGAACUUAAGUAUACUUGAUCCCAGAUAUGAACAGUCGGGCUUUGAGAAGUUUUUCGUUUUCAUGCAGCUUACACUGGAUUUUGCCAGAGCAGCUUUGACAUAAUGCUUUUCUCCAUUUCUCAGCCAAACAUCCCUGCCAAAGGAAAGUCCCACUCAUUCUUUCCAAAAACAGUUAGUGAUGGGUCCAAAUAUGGAAAGUGUAGCAUCUGCAAGAGGUGGGGCUAGUGCUAAUUCAGUGCUGCUCCCUGCAGGUAGGGCACCCAACAAUGGGGGAGAAGCAAGAAGUGAUUAAAGCAGGAAGACUGAAAUGUAAAAACGGAGCAAAAAAAUAGACAUGAAAAGUACGAGGAGCCUCCUGGAAACUGGGUCAGGAACGUGUCUUUAAAAAAACUUUCCAUUUUGACCCAAAACAUUACUGUCCUAAUUAUGCUGCAAUUAAAAAGCUACUCUCAUUUGCAGCUGAAGCACCUAUUUUUUUUUCUGCACUUUGUAGCAUGGCAAUAAAGGGUCUAACCUAGGAUUACCCUCUUUCUUUAGUAUUGUUAAAGGAAAGCUCUUUACUCAUUUCUGAAUGGGUGAAAUUAACAAUGCAGAAGGGAGCAGGUAAAGCUGUUUUUCUGUAUUCCUGAAAUGAGCACUGACUACAGUCUGGCUGCUUUGGAUCAAUCCAGCAAAGCAGCUGUAACUGCAGUUUAACUAGCAGCUUAAGGCAGGUUAACAGUGCCUUUGCCUCACUGAUUUGUUAAAAAACAGUUGGCCGGUAUUACUGAGUGUAGCACCUUGUUUCCAACUCCAAGGCUGAGGCCAAAGGUGACACUUUUAAAAGUUUGCUCUCUCGGACACAGUCAUUAUGUGGGACAUUGUACCACAGUGUGCUAAUGCUAUGACACAAACAUCACAGUGUCAUGUUACAUUGGCCCCAGAGAUAUUUCAGACUCCUCUUGGUGUCACUGAAGCAUACAGGGCUAUGCCAUGAAAAUCAGGAUGGGUGGCAACCCCAAGCCAGAGGAAGGUGAAGUAUUCUGAAUAACCAUCUCUCUUCUAACCUACUAUUUUGUUGGUUAUAUUGCAUCGGCUGCUGACCUAUAGACCUGCUGGACCUAUUGAUCUGACCUAGUUCUGGGUCCAUGGAUCCCUCCUUAACUUCUUUAUCCCUAAACCAUCAUAUAGUCCCUUUUCUCUACAUCUGUCAUCCCUGCAUGACUGCCCAUUGCAUCACAUUUUCUCCAUCAGGGAAGGUGAGAUGAGCCAUCUGCCCUAGGGUAAUGUCUAUGCCACGCCUGAAAUGACUCAACAGAUGGUGUCAAAGCACUGCAGUUCUCUAUAUGUUUCCUCCUGUCUGCCCACAUCUCUCCCACCCCAUCAGCUCAAACACAGCAUGGCUUGCAGCCUGCAGCUGAGCUCCCACAGUCCCUAAAAGGAUUGGAAUGUGUUCCCUAAACUAGAGCCUCAAAUAAUUGUAAAAAAUCUUGGCCCACAAUUCUUGGCAGCAGUACCAGGAAUUAUAAGUGAAUGUGUAAUCUUCAGUAGGCUAUUCCUAUAACCACACUUCACUGCCUGCUUUUAGGCCCUGUUUAAAGCCACGUAUUCUUUUCAGCAGCACAAUUGAGGCCUGUCUCACUAAGUUUCAGACCUUUGUAAAAUAGCCAUUUGAAGUCACUCCGUUGUAGGUUUGACAGUUGGGUUCAAGCAGGUACACUGAAACUUAGCUUCGCUUUCAAAGUAUUCCCUUUGGGUCGAUCUGUCUCCAUGCUAGAAAAGACAAACAAUAUGACAGAUGCUUUGACUGAAGCUCACAGCCGUAGAUAUGCACGAUAACCAGAGAAAGCAGUGGCACAAAAAAACCCUUUUGAAAUGCACUUAGAGCCAGUUUAACCAAUUCCCUUGCAAAUAUAUUAUAAAUCUUGGCUGUGAUUUCCACCCAUUUCCACCAAUGUGACGCCAUUGGCUAGCGCCUGGGUUAGCCUGGCAGGCAGAGAAGCAGUUCCAUCCACACUGUGAAGGCUCCAAACUCUUACUACUACUAAUUUCUUGAUAAAUUUCUCAUAAAAGGAGGGAAUAUUUUAUAUUUCACUUUUUGACCUGGGGCAAGUGGUAUUUCCAAAGGGCUAGAGAUAGGUAUACAAUAUACUGUGAGAAAUUGCACAGUGACGUACACAGUACUUUGGGACUAUGGGCCUGAGUCUCUAUUCCAUUAUAUCACUACAGCGACACUGACCUAAAACUGGUGUAAGAGGCUGGAGAGUCAUACCUUCUAUAAAAACAAUGCGGAGUCCUUGUGGCACCUUAAAGACUAACACAUUUAUUUGGGCAUAAGCUUCCAUGGGCUAAAACCCACUUCAUCAGAUGCACAGAGUGAAAAAUACAGUGAGCAGUAUAAAUAUUAC